AUGGGGAAAGGGCGAUGGGUGGGGAAAGGGGCGGUGGGAAGGCGUGGGGAAAAGAUGAAGCGGAAGAAGGGAGACGUCGUGAGGAAGAGGCGUCGUGGCGGGGAAAGGGGACGUCGUGAGGGGAAGGGGGCGUGGGAGGAAGGGGGCGAUGAAGCGGAAGGAGAAGUGGGAAAGAGUGAGGAAGAGGGAUGGGGAAAGGGGAAAGGGGAAGGGGAAAGUGAGGGGAAAGGGGCGGGGAAGGGGAAAGAGGGAAGGCGUGGGGAAAGGGGAAGGGAGGGCGUCGGGAAGGAGAUAGGGGCGAUGGUGAGGGAAGGGGGCGUGGGAAGGGGGAAGGGAAGGGGGGACGUGGGCGGGGGUGUCUAG